AUGGCGCUUAAGAUUGCGCUUCUCCCAACUCCUAUUAUAUUUUAUUUCAAUAGAAAUCGAUUUGAAGUGGAAGCUUUAUGUGUUGAUACGAAACCAAUAUCUGAGACGUUGCGUAGUGGAAGAACAAGCAAAGCAUCUUUAAAGCCGAUGUCUCAGAACAAACACUUUUGGGAAACUUUUCGCAUUAAAAUCUCAAAACAAUCCUCCUUAGACAUUAAUCAACCAAAAUUAACUGAACAAAAUUUCUCGAUCUCGUUUAAACUCUCAUUUAAUUGCAUAGAGUAA